AAGAAGAAGAAGAAGAAGAAGAAGAAGAAGAAGAAGAAGAACCACGUGACCAGAAACGUCGGCCGCGUCCCACGACACAUCCCCAGUCGUGAUGCAGAAACGUCGUUAAAGAGUCCCGCACUUCCUGCACAGCCACGACGAGCGGGACGGCGGAGCGGCACACGAUGAUGCGACGCCUGGGCUCCGUGCAGCAGAAGAUACCGUGCGUGUUCCUGACGGAGGUGAGGGAGGGACAGUCCGCGAAACGGGACCGCCAGCAAUUUCAGGUGGUUGCCACUGAGCGUGUCAACCCCGUCGCUCUGGAGGCGAACAUCACCUGUGCACUCGCCACAGAAAAACUUGAUGGCACCUGCUGUUAUGUUGCACUUUAUAAAGGCCAGCCGUACCUCUGGGCUCGACUUGACAGGAAACCCAACAAACAAGCAGAGAAGAGGUUCAAAAAGCACCAGCAUUCUCACAGGAGCUCCAAAGGUUUCACAUGGAACGUAGAGGAAGACUUUAAGACGGUGCCGGAGGCGUGGAUCCCAGCACACCGGGUCAAAAACCACAACGGCCGCCCAGUGCCUGAUGAGCUUGGACACAUUCCAGGCUGGGUGCCGGUGGAGGGGGACAACAAGCAGUACUGUUGGCACUCCGCCGUGGUGGACUAUGAGGUCGGGGCGGCUCUGGUGCUCCGGCCCAACGCGGACGAGGGAGACGUGCUAGAAAUCGCAGCGGUUCCACUGGCCGACCUCGUGGAACAGACGCUGGAGCUCAUCGGAACCAGUGUCAACGGGAACCCGUACGGACUGGGGAGUAAGAAGCGGCCCGUCCACUGCCUGGUGUCCCAUGGCAGUGUUAAAGUCACCACGCUCCCCCCGCUGGACUUCCAGCAGCUGCGGUCCUGGUUCCACGAGAGUCCGGAGGGCCGAGUGGAGGGCAUCGUCUGGCACUGCGGCGACGGCACUCUCCUUAAGGUUCAUCGCCAUCACCUUGGACUGAGGUGGCCCGACGGGGAGCCGUGCUUCGGGAACCGGUCGGUGGUCGUUCGUGUCGACUGGACCGCCGAGGAGUACACUGGCGGCAAAGACUUGUUCGCCUCUCUCUCCGCCCUGAACGGACACCGCUUCAGCCGGCUGCAGGACAUCCAGUUUGACCCAUGAGCCUACACAGUCUUGAGACGACAGACACAUUCCCACUCCAAAGCUUCUGCUGUGUGACCACUGUAAGAAUUUGUUACACUGUGGAUAACCGCACGAUAGUGUUAAUCGUAAUCUUGGACAAGUAUAUUAACCGUUCAGCAUUUCAAGCUAUGUCCCCGUGGAAAUCAGCGAAGUACACACAGGGUUUUUCCGAUGUCAACACGAAGUGAGACUCUUGAUCGGAGCGGUUCCCACCGAGGCAGGACUCACUGACACGAACACUAAGGAGGAUCGACAAACUGUGAGCUGUAUUAAAGGCCCGAAGAGUUUUCAUUUAGCUUUGUAGAAAAGUUCACAGCUCUCAGAUGUAUUCACAUUACAUCAGAGACAGGAGUGUCUCCAAUUAACUUAACCCUAAUGGGGGGGAAGCCGGAGAACCUGUAGAGAACCCACGCAGACACGGGGAGAAAAUGCAGACUCCACACAGGAAGUCAGCAUGUUCUGGUUGGUUCGAAACCGGGAUAAUAUAUGUAAUAAAACCAUUUCAUUUCAACUAUGAGCCUCAACCAAAGCACUUGAUCAGAUUGUCCCUCAUUGAAAACAUAAGAUGUAGACCUUCAUUUACACACACAGUCACACUGAAAACAGCAUUGUCCUCACAAACUCCGGUCCCUUGUGAAUUACCGCCCCCAUGUCUGAGCAACGAAUAACGAUGAAGAGAUGGAUUGUAAUGCUAGGACGAGUUCAAAUCAUAUUCUUUACCUUCACUCAUACAUGGCCUUUCUGGAUUCUGAUUGAUGGGAGUGAUUGCAGCGACAGAACUUUUAAUCCUUUUGCCUGGACACUGAGCCACCAGGCUCCUUGGCUACAGUGCAAACAAGGCUAGCAAUAGAUUGCCACUUUUGCAUCUUCAUGCUGACAUUUCUCUACGCAAAUAUAGUUCAUCUGGUGUGAAGCCACUUUCUUUUUUCCACGAGAAAGCUUUUUAGUGUUUAGAUGCGAUAAUGUGAAAUAUGCGGUUGCUUGAAUGUUCCCUUAAUUUACUGUGAAUACAAACUAUUUAAUUUCCAAGUGAAGAAUAAAUGAUGAGUAUGUAAACAUUUGA